GCGCCUGUCGUCGUGCAGACAAACGGACUGUUGGUGGCCAACUACGGUCUACAGAACAAUUCAGACGCUAACAUUAAGGCAAACCAGCAGCCCACGCCGCUGGCUGAUCUGAAAACCGUUUUCGAUGCCGUGGAAGUGAAAAGCUACACUCGUACUGACACGCCACAGCCCGAGGACCGCAUUGGCUUCAUAGCCCAGGAGAUCCUUGCAUCUGGCACGUUGGGGCCGAAGCUCGCCAGCAUGCAAGAAAACGGGCUUUACGGACUAGACUACUCUCGGCUGACAUGGCAAGCCGAGCAUGAAGGGCCGCGUUUUCAGCAACCCCGUUUGCGGGUUCUCGAUGGCCCAGAACCGCGGCUGCAAGUCCCUGAUUAUUUCCAGCGCUCUGAUGGCAAGGCGAUCCCCGUCCUCCAGUCUGCGUGGCCUCCUUGUCAGAGCUCUGGAGUAUUCAGUGCACACCGGGGAGGCCCAGAUCAUGUCAAAGUAGCCCGGGGCGAACAUUGGUAUCGGCUCCCACGCGCAGAUGUCGGCGCAGAUGGUGGGACGUGCCUUGGGAUCGACGUCAAGGGACGUGACUUCCCACCCCAGCUCCUCGAAGGCUUUGCCCACCGAGCCCGAGCCCGAGCCAUCACCGGAAUUGCGACCAUGACUCUCCGACUUGGCAGCGUUCAGACCAACCUCAAGGGCGGCAAAUAUUUGCCUGCCGAGCCUCCCGUCUGCUGGAACACCACGCAGUGGGCCGAAAUCCUCUAUGCCCUGGUGGCCGUCGAGGUGAGGCUGCUCUGGAUCAUGGGUCAGCAAUGCGGACUUCUGAUGGAAGCCAAGGACUUGAAGCUGCAGGUCAUAUGUGGGCCUUGGCAGCUUACACCCCGCAAGCUUUCAAGCACGCUUCGGAUGAUCUUGCCUCUCGAUUGGAGAGAAUCUCCUCCAGAGAUUUUCAUUCGCGAUGUGGCAAAUCUUUUGCAACGACGCCAAGCAGCGACGUCCCUUGCCCAUCCCAUUCGGAGUCGAAGAACUCUCGCUUCAUCGCUUGCUGAAGCUUCGAAAGCAGAUGUAAGAAGAGAGGCAGAUGUGGACCUGCUUGACCAUUGUAAAGCAAAUUUCGACAUGCUUCGGAUCGGUCAUUACAGCCUUACAUGGGAACGGAAUUUCCGUCGGUGGAUCCAAAGCGUGGAUGUUACCUGGAACAUCCUGAACGACAACGUCUUCCACAAACUGGUCGAUGAAGUCGGGGACUUCGUUAUUUGA